GCGCAAAGGACUUGGACGUCCGGGCUCCAAUUCUUCGCGAGUUGCUUAGAGACCCUCGGAUCCCCUUCACCUUCACCGAGGUCUAGCCCAUUAAAUCUAGGACCUGGUAGCCUGAGCAGCCCAGAAGCCAAGGUGACAUCGCUGUGUCUCUCCUGCCUGAAGGCUGGGAUAUUUUAUCAGACUCAUGUCAUCGUUCCUUUAAAAGAUCAGCAUGGAGACCCAUCCCUCCUUAGAAGUGAAAGGGUCGUGCCCAGACUUGACCAUCUAUGCAGGAGAAGUGACUAUUGGAGAAGAAGAUAGAAAUAAAAUGGACCCAAAGAAAAGAAAGAUGGAGAAGACAAGAAUUACAGAGGCUGCUUGUGCUCUGUUAAACUCUGGAGGAGGAUUAAUUGCUAUGCAAAUGACUAACAAGAGUGAGCAUCCUGUGGAGAUGGGACAGGAUUUGGAAAAGUCUUUGAGAGAGCUUAUUAUGUCCUCUAAUAUACAGGGUUUCUUUGAGACCAAGCAACAACAGGACCAGUUCUACAUUUUUGUAAAAUCUUGGAGCUGCAGCCCUGAAGAUGGUUUCACUAAGCCUCGAAUUUGCAGCCUGGGCUCUUCCCUGUAUUGUGGAUCUUUAACUUCUAAGGUUGCCAUGGAUUCAAGAGAAGCAUUUGACUUUCUGAAGGGCAAGAAGAGAUGUGUUAAGUGCAGUCCUACUGAUGACAGAGCCAAUAAAAUUCCAGGAGCCACGUGUCAGAACAGCCUUGUUUCAAAUCCAGCUUUUGAAAUUUUCCAAAGUAAGAAACUUGAAUAUGGACAAUGCUUGCUUUUUUCUGAAUCCACAUUUAUACAGUUUAAACAAUUCUCUACCAAACAUGUCCAAGAAUAUAUGAAAAACAUAAUUCCAGAGUACAUCUCCGCAUUUGCAAACACCCAGGGAGGCUAUCUUUUCAUUGGAGUGGAUGAUAAGAGUAUCAUCCUGGGAUGCCCAAAAGACAACGUUGACCGUGACCCUUUGAAAACUGUGGUAAAUGAAACAAUAUCCAAGUUGCCAGUUUUCCAUUUUUGUUCAUCUAAAGACAAGGACAAGGUGUCUUAUGAGACCAGAGUCAUAGAUGUGUUUCAAGAGGGAAAUUUGUAUGGUUAUCUCUGUGUGAUCAAAGUAGAGCCAUUCUGCUGUGCAGUGUUCUCAGAGGCUCCCAUUUCAUGGAUGGUAGACAAGGAGAAAGGUGUCUACAGACUGAACACUGAGGAAUGGGUACAUAUGAUGGUGGAUGUUGACCCAGAGGCAGCUUCCAAAAAUCUAUCUAAAGAUUUUGAAUGUCAGCUGAAUCUAUCCAACAGCCCUCCACACUGCAGACCAGUGUAUUCUAAAAAGGGACUGGAACAUAAAGUCGACCUGCAGCAGCAUUUAUUUCAAGUGUCACCAGACCAUUUAAAGUAUACUCCCGAAGCACUGUGGAGUGAGCUGUGUUUCGAGCAUGAGGGACUAGAGGAUUUAGUAAAGCAGCAAAUACGUUCUUUCUCCUGUGGUUUGCUGAUCCUCUCUAGAAGCUGGGCUGUGGACCUGAACCUGGAAGAGAAGCAGGAAGUCAUCUGUGAUGCUCUGCUGAUUGCAGAGAAUAGCCCCCCGAUCCUCUACACCAUCCUUGGGGAGCAGGAUGAGCAGGGUCAGGACUACUGCACCCGAACUGCCUUUACUCUGAAGCAGAAGCUGGUAAACACUGGUGGCUACACUGGGAGAGUAUGUGUCAUGACCAAGGUUCUCUGCCUGAGCUCUCAGAACAAUAACAAGACCAAUGGGGGCUCAGUCUCUCCUAUUAUAUACCCAAGCUCCUAUAACCUUACAAACAUCCAGGAAAUGCAGGACUUGCUACAGGCCCUUGUGAUUGUCUUGCUCAACUUCAGGUCUUUCUUGAGCGACCAGCUUGGCUGUGAAAUUUUGAAUCUUCUCACAGCCCAACAGUAUGAGAUACUCUCAAAAAGUCUCCGCAAAACCAGAGAACUAUUUGUGCAUGGCUUGCCGGGCUCAGGGAAGACAAUCAUAGCCAUGAGAAUCAUGGAAAAGAUCAGAAACACAUUCCACUGUGAAACAGAUAAAAUCCUCUACAUCUGUGAAAAUCAACCAUUGAGGGACUUCAUCCAGGCAAAAAAUAUCUGCCAGGCAGUGACCCGGAAAACCUUCAUGAAAGAAUACUUUGAGACAAACAGGAUCCAACACAUCAUUGUUGAUGAAGCCCAGAAUUUCUGCACUGAGGAUGGGAACUGGUAUGAGAAGGCAAAAGGAAUCACUCGAAGAAUGAAAUGUUGUCCUGGAAUUCUCUGGAUCUUUCUGGACUAUUUUCAGACCAGUCACUUGAAGAAGAGUGGCCUCCCAAAUUUCUUAUGCCAGUUUCCGAAGGAAGAACUCACACAAGUGGUACGAAAUGCAGAUAAAAUAGCUGAGUUCCUACAACAAGAGUUGCGAAAAAUCAGAGAUAACCCUCCAUUCAACAUCCCUCAAGGGUCCCUAAGCAUGUUCCAUGGAUUUUACUGGGCUCAUGGUGUAUCAGGCACCCAUGAGAUCACAUACUUGACUUUGGAAAAGAUGGUAAGCUAUGUAGCAGAUAAGUGUGAUGUUUUCUUCAGUAAAGGCUAUUCUCCCCAAGAUAUUGCAGUGCUUUUCAGCACAGACAGGGAAAAGAAAGCCUAUGAGCAUAUGUUCCUGAGAGAAAUGAGGAAGAGGAAGAGAGCAUCUCAGAUGAAUGACGAGUCUAUCUGUCAUUCUAACAUGUUUGACAGCAUCCGUCGAUUCUCGGGACUGGAAAGAAGCAUUGUGUUUGGUAUCAAUCCCAUUGCAACUGAGCAGCCCAUUUCCCACAACCUAUUGCUCUGCCUGGCUUCCAGAGCAAUGAAACAUCUGUAUAUCCUGUAUCUUUCAACUCCUGAGGGGCAGAGCUAAACAGUGGCAUGCUGAAUGGGAUGUAUGAGGUCCUAGGUACAAUCACUGAUGACGAGAAAGUAAAUUCAAGCUGAGGUCCUUCAGGACAAGAAGAAAGAUAGAACCUUGUUCUGUAGUUUUGGAAAAUGUAGGAAAAAAAUUACCAAUGUGUAUAUUGUAACUAAUUGAGGCUGAAAACAAAGCUGGAGAGAAGGCUGGCAAGGCAAUGUACACAUGACAUAGGCUAUGGGAAUAUUGAGCCCAUAAGGACUGAAACCAAAGAUGAAGACAACUCAAUACAGUAUGUCAUAUCCAAUUCUUAAAACAGACUUCCAUUUUAAAUUGGUAAAUACAUUUAUGAAAAUAUUGUAUAAGGAUGAAGAAAAAGACUAAAAACACAAUAUUAAGUAGCACUGGGGUCUGUUCCUGGAGCUGAUCCUGUGCCACAGUGCUCCAUCCCCAAAUACCACUGGGAAAGAACUGGCCUCCCACAAGUGUGGACAAGCCUGUGAGCGCAGGUAAGUCCACCACUUCUGCUCAGAGGUACGCACCUGGAACCCUCAGGACACAGGAACCAGAUGAUGAGAGACAACAGCAAGAACAUAAGCAACAGACACCAAGGCCACUUGGCAUCAUCAGAACCCAGUUCUCCAACCACAGUGAGCCAUGGGGACCCCACACACCAGAAAAGCAAGACUCUGAUUUAAAAUCAGAUCUCAAAAAA